AUGAAAAGAGACAGCGCACUCGCUCGCGUGGCAACCGGAGCCGCCGUUGGCGGCGCAAUCGGCGGCGCUGUCGGCGCUGUAUAUGGAACUUAUGAUGCAAUUAGGUAUAAGGUUCCUGGAUUCCUCAAGAUUAGGCAUAUUGGGCAGACCACUCUAGGAAGUGCCGCAGUAUUUAGCUUGUUUCUUGCAGCAGGAACCUUGAUUCGUUCUCACUAG